UUUGCUGCAGCCUGCAGCUGCACCUCAUUCGUUAGUAGGGCCUAGGCUCAGGCACACAUUCACACAUUUUACAUCACAACACACAAACAUUUGAAAUUUUUUCCAAUUAAAAAUUGACAAUGGGAAGAAGCAGAAGUCGUUCCCCGAGGAGAAGGCGAAGUCGCAGCAACGAGAGGACUGACCGUGGUGGGGUCGUCGUCGAACGUCGUGGACGGAAGGAAGCCAAGUCUAGGUCACGAUCUCCACGAGAUAGAAGGAGGGACAAACGAGAUAAGGAUUCAAACAGACGAGCCAGAAGCAGAGAUGGCGAGAAGCGAAAGUCACGUUCUAAAUCACGAGAUCGUCGUCGUCGUCGGACCUCCAGAUCAAGAUCUCGGUCGAGGGAUCGGAAGGCUGAAAAAUCUAAACCUGAGCCGAUACUAAUUGAUCUUGAAGAGGCGGAGAUCGACACUGAUGGAAAAACCGAGGAUGAAAUUGCCAUGAUGAGGUUAAUGGGAUUUGCUGGCUUUGAAACUACCAAAGGAAAGAAGGUGAAGAAUAAUGAUUCGGGAGCAGUCCAUCAUGUCGUCGUACGAAAAUAUAGGCAGUACAUGAACCGUCGUGGUGGUUUUAAUCGGCCCUUGGAUUUUGUAAAUUGAACUUGUAUAUGUUCAUUCACGAGCAAAAUGUUCUCUGCCCUAUUAAAUCCGUUUGUUUAUUGUUCAUUAAUUAGUAAUAUUUAACUCGAUUAAUUGGUCGUAAUGUUUUUUUUUAAUUUUUCACAUUCGUUUUGCGAUAGAGUAGAAAGUAGAAAAUGAAACGUGUAAAAGAUGUCACCUAAUGAGAAAUAUUGAAAUAUAUAAACAUAUUUUCAUACAAGUAAA